CUAUGUCCGGAUGGCCGCGGCGCUCCGCUUCGUUUUCCAAACAGAAAGCUUUCCCAGCCCCGCUGACUUAGAACGGGAUGGCGGAGGAGGCGGACGGCGGCGGUCCUUCCCGGUCGGAGAGGAAAGCGUUGGAGAAAGCCAGAAUACUGCAGCGGGAGAGCGAGCGGAAGAUUUUCAGCCUGGUCGGACGGCUCCUGAAGAAACCCGAGGCCGAGCGGUCGGAGGAGGAAGCCGCCGUGCUGCGGCUGCACCGGGACACCGCGGAGGAGCUGUGCCGGAGGCAGGUCCGCAGGAAUGUGCUGAAGAGGAAGCAGGAGGAGGUGUGUGAUGAUGUUGAAGAGUUAAAAACUAAAAUCAGGCUGCUAGCUGCAGCCAUCAAGCAAGCAAAUCGUCUGGUGGUUUACACUGGAGCCGGCAUCAGCACAGCAGCGUCUAUCCCCGACUACAGAGGCCCGAAUGGAGUCUGGACGCAACUCCAGAAGGGACGGAGUAUCAGCUCAACAGACCUGAGUAAAGCACAGCCGACACUCACACACAUGUGUAUAAGAACACUCCACAAGGAAAAGCUGGUGAAGCACGUUGUGUCUCAGAACUGUGACGGCCUUCAUCUGCGUAGCGGUCUACCCAGAUCCGCCCUCUCUGAGCUGCAUGGAAACAUGUUUAUUGAGGUAUGUGCCUCCUGCUCCCCGGUCAGAGAGUACGUGCGGUUGUUUGACGUGACUGAGCGGACGUCUCUGCACCGCCACGGGACGGGCCGCAGGUGUCACCACUGCGGAGACGAACUGAGGGACACCAUCGUGCACUUUGGGGAGCGCGGGACUCUGGAACAGCCUCUGAACUGGAAGGGAGCUGCGGAGGCGGCGGAGGCUGCAGACGUCAUCCUCUGCUUGGGCUCCAGUUUAAAGGUGCUGAAGAAAUACGCCUGUCUGUGGUGCAUGAACAGACCAGCGAGCAAAAGACCAAAACUUUACAUCGUCAACCUACAGUGGACACCAAAGGACGACCUGGCAGUGCUGAAAAUUAAUGGCAAGUGUGACGAGGUUAUGAGUCUCCUGAUGGAGGAGCUGAACCUCCAGAUUCCUGCGUAUGAGAAGGCCGAUGACCCCAUCUUCAGUUUAGCCACACCUCUGCUCCCAGAGGAGGGGAACACCCAUUCUCGAGAGGUGAUCUCGCCCCCUGGUGGACAGGAGGACUGCUCGGCGGAUACGGAGGAACAGACAGACGAAGCCUCGUCCGUGCAGGGCGGCUGGUUCGGCCGAGGCUACGGCAAAGGCAGAAGGAAGAAGAAAAAAGCUUCGUAAUGCAGCGAACUGAAUGGACUCCAACAUUACGGUCACUUUUUACCAGCUCCCUGUCCCGGAGACUGAUUCCGACUUUAGUCCCCGUCACAGUGACUGGACCUCUCAGCUUUAGUGUGUCUGUUUGUGUUGGGGAGUUACACGCAGUCGUGUGUAUGUGUGUGUGGUAUUCAUCCAAUUGAAAAUGCCACUUUGCACCAUGAAAUUAUUAUUUUUUUUAAUCACACUUUUAUGUAAAAGUGGCUUUUGUCAUGCAGAUGCAUAGCAGGGCUGUUUAUCUUCAAUUUAGAAUUUUCUUUCGGUCUCUCUCGAUAUGGAAAUUAUUUGUUUUGUUCCACACAGAGUGGAAAGCAGUAUGUAGAAGAAACUGAAUUACAACACAGUGCAGUGUGUUUCCAGCCAUAUUUGAAGUUUAAAUAGCACCAUAAAUGUAAGUGGAGUAUAAUUUAAUGUUUUUGCCAGCAGAGGUUUUACAGUUACUUAUGGAUCUGAGUGUUGGCACCAGAGCAGAGCCACAUUCAGUCCUUGUCUUAUGGAUGGAGCACAUGUUCAUGUGAGAAGCGGCUCCUUUCAGCUGAAGGUGUGUUUAAGAUUUCCUUCGACAGCUUGGGCAUUUUCUACAUGUAUUAGAGUUAAAUAUAUUUUUGUAGGACAUUAUUUUCUACAAAUGUUGAGAAGUUAGUUUUAAAUGUAACCUUUGUUACUGAUUAGUGUAAAGGUGUUUCAGUUUACCUUGAAGUUUCAGAGCUCUGCUGUAACCCCUCAGGUUUGAUCCUGCUGUACAUUACAAGUUGUGGAUUGUCGUCAUGUUUACAUUUUCCUCUGGUGUUUACAGUGUAAGAAAGAAAGCAGAGUUAUGUUGUCGUGUUGAGCUUGUGUUUACUGCAGUCAUUGGGACCAAUUGGCAUAGUUCUCUCCAUUUGUCUCAGAAAGAUGUUAAAAAUCACAGCUUUUACCAUAUAGUAUCAGAAGUUAGGACGGAAUGUCCUCUGUAAGCUUGUUUUCAGUAUUUAUGAAAGUCAAAAUUGAAACACUCCUGCAAUAAUACUUUUACAUAGUUUGGGAAAAAAUGUGGCAAUGUUCUUUUGAGAAUAAAUCACUAUGUGGUGAAUUUUUACUACAUGUCUUUGAUUUAUGUAAUGCUAUUACAAUAUUUGAUCUAUAAUGUAUGUUUUAUAAUAUCAAUGCAUCUUUUAUGCAAAACAUUUACACUAAUCUAUAUCAAGGCAUACAUACGCCUAUUUACAAAUGCAUACAUG